ACAUCUUCCGCUCCCCAAACCCUAAACCCGUGUCACCCGAUCGGCGGCGGCCGCGGCGGUGAGGCGGCGAGAAGAUGGGAAAGAGGAAGAGGGAAAGGGAAGUGCGUCUUCACGUGAAGACAUCCGAGGGUUCCUCCUCGUCGUCGUCACUCGGCGAAGGUGGCCGCCCCCCUCCUUCUUUGAGGGGAGGAGGAGGAGGAGGAGGAGGAGGAGGAGGCGGGAGCAGCAGCGUCGCCCCAAAUCCAACAUCAACAUCACCCUUGUCGGCGUCGGGCGCACCUUCGACGCCAUCAUCUUCCUCCACAGCUUCUUCAUUGAAGAUCGGGACGAUGGAAUUCAAUCUUCCACCCGGAUCCCCGCCAACAUCCACAGCGUCUCCAAAGGCAGUUACCUCACCCGUUGCCCUUCCUCAUCCUCAGGCUCCAGCGAUUCUGUCUCCGACUCCUCCGCCCGGAUCCACACCAACAUCCACAGCCUCUCAGGCAGCCACCUCACCGGUCGAACCCCCACAUGCUGAUGUUUCCCCAUUUUUCGAGCCCAUUCCUGAAUCCUAUGCACAGGCACUCCAGCAGUCUGAAGACAGCAACACGACCAUGACCUACCUCAAGCAUCUACGAAGGUGCUGUGGUGAAGAUGCACGCCGCCUUUGGGCAUCUGGUAGCUGUCACUUAAAGAUGAGUUUUGACAGGUUGAAAACAGAAGAUCGUAAACUUGCAUACAUGAUACUCCCUCUGUAAACUAAUAUAAGAGCGUUUAGAUCAUUAAAGUAGUAAUCUAAACACUCUUAUAUUAGUUUACGGAGGGAGUAUGUAAUAACUAUGAGAGGUUAAAAGUACAUUUGGAGUCUGCCCUCAGAACAUUCUUAUUGGAAUCUUUCAAAAGUCAGAGUCCUGAGACUAUAAAGAAGAGGUUUGCAAGUGAGGAUAAAAUGAAACAAUUCAUUCAAGUCCAAACAAAACUGACAGUUAUGCAGAUGCCUUCAAGCAUAUGUUCAUUGCGUCAGCACUUCAUCAACAAUCCUGCAGGCAGAAUUGCUCAUCUGUUCCAGAACCAGGCCUAUAGCAAAGACGUCCCAACAACAGUAAAAGAGUCAAGGAUUCUGCUUCACAAGUUAACACAACAUACCAUAGCAGAACACAAAAGAGGUUACUGUUGGGAUGGUCAAUUAAGCCUUGAUGACUGGGAAGUCACGGAACUCACAUUUAUCCAAUUGCCAAAUCUGUCCGUUGCACCAGUAGAGCAAUGUCGAACAAGGACCUUACUCAAAUAGCUGACACAAUAGUUCCAAACUUCAUGAUCAAUGGAGUGAUUCCUGUGUUUAUGGAACACUUCACAAAUGCGUUGAAGUCUCAUGGCACACUUGCUGAAGAGGAUUUCCAAUCUUGGUACUAUGCAUACCUCCUGCUACACCCCUUUGUUAUGUCAUCGAUAGGAAGGGCAAAUCUCCUUAGGAAUCUGUAUUGGCUUCUGGUGGACUUGAAUUUUGAGGAAAACCCGUUCUUUGAUACUGUUUUCAAAGUAGCUCCUUCUUCAAACUGGCGAGAUUUUAUCAAGCAGACCCCUAUGAACUACAUUCUCUGGAAGGUUUUCUGGUACAAGCUGAUACCAAAUUUCAACACCCUUCCUUAUUUCAACUUGUUGGGAAGCAUUAUAAAGUACCAUUGCCAUCUUGUUCAUCAUGGUCCUGACCAUGCCAGGGAUGGCAAGUUGACAACAAUGUCGAGCACAGAUGACAACGAGUUACUUGCUGCAGCGCAUGACCAGGAUUGCCUCGCAGAGUGCAUCAAGAACCUUCUGCAACAGAAGAAAGUGACCAGCGACGUCAAUGUUGUGCUUGACGCUUACGCUGUGACAUGGGAGCUGUGAUUAUGCUUGCAGCAUUAACGCUUAACAUAUGGCGAAGGACUAACAACGAGGCUUUAGGACAUUGUUGCACAGAGACGUGACUGUGUGAGUACAGGGUAGUGUUGAUGCGACCUUCAGGGGGCUGUAUGUAGUGUUGGUAGUGGUGUGGUCGGUGGUGCUCGGAUGCACUUUAAUUGUUGUUAUGCUUAUGGGGGAGUUGUUGUUAAGGAUGUGAUGUCUGUUCUGUGUUUGGAUGCAAUUUGGUUGCUGUUAUCCUAUGGGAGAGGUGUUGUUAAGGAUGCGAACCUGAAAUUCAAGGAAUUAUCUGUUUUAAACUGCAA